AUGCAGGGGGCGGUGCUCGGCUCGGCUUCUAAUUUCACUAUAAAAUGGCGCAUGCAAGUGACAUUCUUUGUCAGUUGCCAGGAACACACUCGGAGUGCAGCAGCAGUAGCGCGCCUCAGUGCGACCGAUCGUUUGUGGCCUUUGUGGCCAAAUUGUGUGUUGUUACUACACACGUAUCUCGAUCAUUUGGGCCUUGCUUGCAAAGGGACUUUACGCUCCGCGUGGAUCGUUUUUCCUCGUCUUACCUCCUCCAAAGAACCAAAUCUCUUCGUUCCAGCACAGCAACCGGAACAGCUGCAGCAGCUCGAUCCAGCACCUCAUCGAGCAGCAUCAGCAGAAACAACAGCAGUACUAGGCUUUUCCGGAAGCAUCGACAGCAGCGGCGGCGGCAACUGUCCAUCAUCCACGUGA